AUCCCUGAUGGCCUCAUCUUCCCCGACCGCGCCACCCUCUACGUGACGGCCAUCGAGGACCGGCAGUACAAGGACUACAAGAUCCAUUGGUGGGAGAACGUCUAUGGCUUCGACAUGUCGUGCAUCAAGGACGUGGCCAUCAGGGAGCCCUUGGUGGACGUCGUGGACCCCAAGCAGCUCGUGACCAACGCCUGCCUCAUCAAGGAGGUGGACAUCUCGGUGGUGAAGGCGGAGGACCUGAGCUUCACGGCCCCGUUCUGCCUGCAGGUGAAGCGCAACGACUACGUCCACGCGCUCGUCGCCUACUUCAGCAUCGAGUUCACGCGCUGCCACAAGCGCACCGGCUUCUCCACCAGCCCGGAGUCGCCCUACACGCACUGGAAGCAGACGGUGUUCUACAUGGAGGAUUACCUGACCGUCAAGAGCGGCGAGGAGAUCUUCGGCACCAUCACCAUGAAACCCAACGCCAAGAACAACCGCGACCUGGACUUCACCAUUGACCUGGACUUCAAGGGGCAGCUCUGCGAGCUCUCCUGCUCCACCGACUACCGCAUGCGUUAGGGGGGACCCCAAAAUGGGG